CCCCACCACCUCGUCGUCUUCGAUUCGUCCUCCUUCCGCCGCCGCCACCGCCGCCUCUAGGGUUUUUCCGAUGGACGCGACGCCGCGGCGGCAGCGAGGAGGUGGAGUCGGAGACGGCGAUCGCUACGGCGUGUUGCUCUACUACAAAUACGCCGAGGUGCCCGACACCGCCGCGCUCGCCGCGUUCUACGAGGCGCACUGCCGCGGCCUCGCGCUCGUCGGCCGCGUCCGCGUCGGCCCCGAUGGCGUCAAUGCCACGCUUGGGGGGCGCAUGACGGCGCUGGAGAAGCACGUCGCGGAGAUGAACUCCAACACCUUGUUCGAGGGCACGGACUUCAAGCUGGCGUCCUGCGAUGACCCCGUCGACGAGAGGGUCGCGAGGGAGUGUGGCUUCACCUCGCUCUCCGUCCGGGUCGUGAAGGAGCUGGUUACUCUGUGUUCCAACCCGACGUUGGCACCCCCUGGGAUUUCAAGUGCUGGGAUACACUUGUCGGCCAUGGAGUUCCACUCGGUGCUACAAAGCAUCGCGGGAACUAGUUUGGAUGCCGACGCACCUGCGGACAAGAAUGAAGUGGUUGUCUUGGAUGCAAGGAAUGUGUACGAGACACGGAUCGGCAAGUUCAAUGUACCAAAUGUGGAGACGUUAGAUCCAGAAAUCAGGCAAUACAGUGACCUGCCAUUGUGGAUUGAUGAGCAUACCGAGAAGCUCCGGGGGAAGUCAAUUAUGAUGUACUGCACAGGAGGUAUACGCUGUGAGAUGGCGUCAGCUUAUAUUCGCUCAAAAGGUGAAGGCUUCGAAAAUGUUUUUCAGCUUUAUGGUGGCAUUCAGCGAUAUCUGGAGCAGUUCCCAGAUGGUGGCUAUUUUGAAGGAAAGAAUUUUGUAUUUGACCAUAGAAUCUCUGUAGGAAGCCUGAAAGAAAACAUACUUGGAACUUGUUUGAUAUGUUGUUCUUCGUAUGAUGACUAUUCUUCCCGGUGUCGUUGCAACCAUUGCAGAAUGUUGGUCUUAGUGUGCCCUACAUGUCAGGAAUCCUCUAAGGAAUAUGUAUGCGAGCUAUGCCAAAAGAAUGGAAAAGAAUCCUGCCAAAUAUCACCAAGUCAAGACUGCUUAAUACAUAUAGGGCUAUCUGAAUCUUCUGGCUUUGAAAAUUCAUCCAUAAACAAUCACUGUGUGACCUCCAAAUUUCCCAGGAGUAAUGGUAGUGAGCAGCUGAAAAAGUUGAGGAUCCUCUGCUUGCAUGGUUUUCGUCAAAACGCAUCUAAUUUUAAAGGGAGAACAUCGGCACUUGCCAAGAAGCUGAAGCAUAUUGCUGAGCUUGUUUUUAUAGAUGCUCCUCAUGAGCUUUCCUUUGUAUACCAACCAAUUCAGGGCAACUGCUCUGACAAAUCCUCACCUCCAUCUGUGACAGCAAAACAAAAAUUUGCAUGGCUCAUUGCUCCAAAUGCUAGCUGUAAUGCCGAGCAAGAUUGGAAGGUCGCAGAUACACCAUUUGACCCUCUUCAGUAUCAGCAACAAACCGAAGGCUUUGAGGAAUCAUAUGCCUACCUUGAAAAUGCACUCUCUCAGAUGGGUACCUUCGAUGGAAUUCUUGGUUUCUCUCAGGGUGCAGCAAUGGCUGCCUUAUUCUGCAGGCAGCUGCAGAAGACCUCUGGCUCUCUGAAGUUCAGGUUUGGGGUAUUCUGCUCGGGAUAUCCAGCACCUGUGGGCGAUUUUGACAACAAACCAAUCAAGCUCCCCUCCCUCCAUUGUUUUGGCAAUGGCGAAGGCCAUGACAGGCAGAUAGCAAACAGGGCAAGCAUUGAACUUGCCGGCCUGUUUGAGCAGGAUUGCUGCUCCAUUGUUGAACAUGAUAGGGGCCACAUAAUCCCCACUGGGUCGCCCUACAUCGAUCAAAUAAAGGAUUUUUUGUCCAAUUUCCAAUGAAAUGUUUGCAAGUGAUUGUAUUCUGUUGUAAGCUGCAACCUGAUCUGUUGUAUCUCUUUUGGUGUACAAGGUGGGUUCUGGAUGGCAUUCGCCUUGUUUGCUGGUAAUUUUUGUUCUCAUUUGACUGCGCAAAACAAUUUGAGAUUUGAGAGGUUUACUGGUGUGG